CGAUCUACACCGGUGUGAAUCGUCGUGUGUGUACGUGUGUGCGAGAGAGGAAAAGGCGUUUAAAUAAGGCAUUAUAAUGAUACUUUUAAUAAAAUUAUUAUUAGUUAUUUUAUCUUCGUACAUAACUUUAGCGUCGGCUGAUAAAGAAACCCUCGUUUUAUUGGACAAUCUUGCAAUUAGGGAAAGCCAUUCCAUUUUCUUCAAAACUUUGCAGGAUCUUGGUUUUCAGUUGACUUACAAAACUGCAGACGAUCCUGGCUUGACAUUAAUGAAAUAUGGUGAAUAUUUAUAUCAACAUCUUAUAAUAUUUUCACCAUCAGUUGAAGAAUUUGGAGGAUCAUUAAAUGUCCAAGCCAUAACAGACUUCAUAGAUAAUGGUGGAAAUGUACUUGUGGGAGCAAGUUCUUCAGUAGGUGAUAUCAUGAGAGAAUUAGCAAAUGAAUGUGGCUUUGAGAUAGAUGAAGAAGGUUCUGCUGUCAUUGAUCACCUUAACUAUGAUGCUUCAGAUGAUGGAAAACACACAUUAAUUGUUGCUUCACCAAAAGAUCUGUUAGAUGCUCCAACUAUUGUAGGAAAAAAAGAUAUUCCUCCUAUUCUGUAUAGAGGUGUAGGAUUAAUUGCUGAUAAUGAUAACCCGUUAAUAUUAGAAGUUUUAACAGCAUCGUCAACAGCAUAUUGCUACAAUCCGGAUAAUAAAAUUACUGAGUAUCCUCAUGCAGUUGGAAAAAGUACAUUACUAAUUUCUGCAGUUCAAGCAAGAAACAAUGCAAGAGUUGUAUUUUCUGGUUCUUUAGAUUUUUUUAGUGACCAGUUUUUCCAGUCCAAUGUGCAGAGAGUACAUGAAAAUAAAAAAUAUGAUAAGUCAGGAAAUCAAGCUUUAGCUACUGCACUUGCUCUGUGGGUAUUUAAAGAACAUGGAGUUUUAAGAGCUGGUAAUGUUAAACAUCAUAUAAAAGGAGAAACUCAGCCUCCAGAUGCAUACACUAUAAUGGAUGAAGUUGUCUAUAGCAUUGAAAUAGAAAUCUUGAAACAAGGAAAAUGGGAACCUUUUGAUGCUAAAGAUUUGCAACUAGAAUUUGUCCGAAUUGAUCCAUUUAUCAGAACGGGAUUAAAGAAAAAAGGUGCAAAGUAUGUUGCUGAAUUUAAAGUUCCAGAUGUUUAUGGAGUUUAUCAAUUUAAGGUUGAUUAUAAUCGUAUGGGUUAUACACAUUUAUACAGCACUACUCAGGUUUCUGUACGUCCUCUUCAGCACACUCAGUAUGACAGAUUUAUUCCAUCAGCUUAUCCUUACUAUCUAAGUGCAUUUUCUAUGAUGGUGGGAGUGUUUAUUUUUAGCAUUAUAUUUUUACAUCAUAAAGAUACUACAAAAGAUAAAUCAGAAUGAAACUUUGUGAGUAAAAAUCUAGUUAUUUGUUAUUUGUCUUGAGAAACAGGAGCACAGAUUUGAUAUUGAAAGAUCAUUCCAAUUUCAACUUGGAUUUAAUAUAAGUCCAUUUCAUUUUUUUUAAUGUUUACCAUUUGUCUUUGACAAAACUCAUUGUAAAGGUUUUGUUUUAAUAAAGGGCCUGUUUGUCAAGAUUA